AGGCGACUCAAAGAUGGCGGCGACGAGGGAAGCGGCAUGAUUUGCAAGAGUGCAUGCGCGCGCAAGCGACAGAAAGAAGCGCACUGUCCGCCGAGCUUCGCAGACAAACAGCAGCAUGAAGCUGUAGGGCGCACGCUUGCAGCACUGCUCUGACUUUAAUGUAACGGGAGUCCCGGACGGGAACGUUUCUUUUCUCCCCCCUUUCCUUUGUAGACUCGACGGAGCGAGGAGGAGGCGCGAACGGCAGGGAGCAUGGCUGCGCGCGGAGUCCAGUACAUCUUUGGGGAAUUCAGUGCUGAUGAAUUCAACCGGUUCUUCACAACUCCCCGAUCUUAUGUUGAGCUUCCUCCAGUGUUGGACAAAGUGUCCUGCGUCAAUCAGUCCUCAGGAGGUUACUGUACUCCUGCUGUGCCUUUCAUGGCGGAAUCUGUGAGGCGACAGGUUUGUGGAGAAGCCUACGAACGCAUCUGCUUUGGAGUAGAUGAGCCCAUGGGCCUGGAGCCGUUGGUGCUGAAAGACUCAACCUGUAAGGUCUCCAGUACUCUAAACCCCCAGGCUCCCGAGUUUAUUGCGGGCUGCCAGGCGGUGCCCAAGUCACUGUCAUCCCUGCAAGAUGGCAAUGGGGUUGACUUCAGCACCACGGAUGGUGUGGAUCUGGAGGGUGGACCAGUCCUAGGAGGUUUGGAGCAGCGAGAGCGCAAGAAGAAGAAAAAACGCCCACCAGGGUACUACAGUUACCUGGAGGGAUCUGGUAGUUCCUCCAUGAUCCAUGCCAAGGUGGCAGGGCUAGUCAACGGUCACACAUCAGUCACCCCAACUGAGUCAGAGGACAUGCUUGCGGAGUCUCGGUCGGAGCCCUCCGCAUGUAGCCCUGGCAACAGCCUUCCAUCAGAUGCAGUGGAGGCAUCUGCUGAUACAGGCAGUCGGAGGACUUGUGACAGCCAUAUUGAAUCCUCUCCACACAUGAGAAUCACCUCAUCAGACAGUAAUGAUGCAACCAAUUCAUCAUCCUCCUCUGACAGUGGUGGGGCAGCAGAGGGAGUAAGGACAGCUGGGGCUCCAGCCCCAGAGAACUCCGAAGUGCUGUGUGGAGCAAGGCAGUGCCCAGGCCCUGCCUGUAUGCCCACCAUCCCCACUGCUUCUGCUCUGAGGCCACAUGUGGCCCGUGCUGCUGAUGAGCCUGUCAACAGGGGACCAAACAACCAAGCAGCGCUCAAUGGGCCAGGUGUCUCCUGUGAGGUGGAGGAACUCCAGCCACGGGUGCCCCAGCAGGUUGCUGAGAGUGCCAGUGGUGAGACCUGGCCGGGGGGCGUACCCACUGCCUCAUCCAUUGCUCCUUCUUCUGCUGUCAGCCAGCUAAAGUCAUGGGCUAGCCUCUUUCACAACUCUAAGCCCCUGCCGGUUGGGCUACCAGCCUACGUGGGCGUAAAGAACAUUCCGGCUCCUGUUCCUGGGGCCGCAACCACAGCUCCGGCAGUGGAGCAGGUCAGGGAGGUGAACGAGAGUCACCCUGUCCAUGUUACUGAGGAUCCCCUCGCCCCAAGGCUUGCAGACUUGAUUGAAAAUGUGAAGUUGAUACACAAACCAGUGUCUUUGCAGCCAAGAGGACUGAUCAACAAGGGUAACUGGUGCUAUAUUAAUGCUACACUGCAGGCACUGGUUGCCUGCCCGCCGAUGUACCACCUGAUGAAGUCUCUCCCCAUAGUGAGUGAGAUGCAGGCAUCAUCUUCCUCCACACCGAUGAUUAAUAACUUUGUGAGGCUGGUGAGCGAAUUCAGCAAUAUGCCUGUACCACCCAAGGCCAAGACACAGGUGGGAGACAAAAUGAUGAAGGACAUUAGAGCCGGAGUUCCCUUUGAGCCUGACUAUAUCUACAGACUUCUGACUGUCAUCAAGUCAAGUCUUUCUGAGAAGGGCCGACAGGAGGAUGCAGAGGAAUAUCUGGGUUACAUCCUCAAUGGUCUGCAUGAGGAGAUGUUGGCUCUGAAGAAGCUCCUUUCUCCACAGGAAGGAAAGGCAUCGACACUAAAUGGUCCAGUAUCCCAACCGAGAGCUCAAGAAGAUAUGGCGGAAAGACAGGAGGAAGGAAGCGAUGACGAAUGGGAACAAGUGGGGCCCCGAAACAAGACCUCCGUAACUCGCCAGGCAGAUUUUAUCCGUACCCCCAUCACCGAUAUAUUCGGUGGCCACAUAAGGUCUGUCGUGUACCAGCAGAGCUCCAAGGAGUCAGCCACGCUACAGCUCUUCUUCACCCUACAGCUGGACAUCCAGUCAGAGAAAAUCCACACGGUGCAGGAGGCUCUGGAGUCGCUGGUGGCACGAGAGUCCGUCCAUGGCUACACCAGCAGAACGAAGCAGGAGAUUGAGAUCAGCCGGAGGGUGACUCUGGAGGAGCUGCCACCAGUUCUGGUCCUCCACCUGAAGAGAUUUGUUUUUGAGAAAUCUGGCGGGUGUCAGAAGCUAGUGAAGAAUGUUGACUACCCUGUAGAUCUGGAGAUCAGCAGAGAUCUUCUCUCACCAGGGGUGCGGAGUAAGAUUUUCAAAGGCCAAAGAACCUACCGGCUCUUUGCAGUGGUUUAUCACCACGGGAACAGUGCCACGGGUGGACACUACACCACAGACGUCUUCCACAUCGGUCUGAAUGGCUGGCUGCGUAUCGACGAUCAGACAGUCAAGGUGGUAAGCCAGCAGCAAGUGCUGAAGCAGAACGCGGAACGUACCGCCUACCUGCUCUACUACCGCCGUGUGGACCUGCUCUAGAGCCGAGCAGCCUGGCACUCCUGCUGUGAACCUCCCCAUUUUCCCUGCGAAUCAGCUUCUUCUGCUCUCCGGCUGCAGACCACAGAACACGUGUUCUUCGUGUGUAUGGACUAGACUUCGUUCCUGCGCCGUUGGGCUUUAAUGUGCUGAGCAGAUGGCACUGACUGAAAGGCACUGAGGAACCAUUUUUUAACUGCAGCACACAUCACAAUACACCUGUGGGUCUGUCCCACAUCAGGUGGAAGUCUGUCCUUUGUCAUCUUUUUUUUUUAAACCUGUUAACAGUGAAACUGAGUACAGUAUUUUCUUUCAGUAAAAGGUUUUUUUUCUUUACAGCAGCUUCUCACUACUCAGUUUCAGCCUCUGUAUUAAGGCACCUCUACCAGCAGAAGGAAAUGUGUGUUUAACCGGAGCCUCCAUCUCCUGACCAUCUCACUCCUCAUCUCCUUGAUGCUUCCAAACCCAGGAAACAUGUGAGCAGGAGGCACCACCCAGCACUGAAAGUGUGACCACUUUGAGAGAACCUGGGGCUUUCAGGGUUUUAAUCUGAAUGAAGGGUUAAAAGCAUUUCAACAAGUGUAAAGAUUUGAAUAAACGCGGUAUGUGCGCAACGUAUGAAACGUGCAUCUAGAUGUGCAAAAGCAUACCUGAAUGAUAAAUGUCAGCAAAACGGUGACAAUGCCAGCUGAUAGUGACUUUAUCUCUCUGGUGGAAGUGUGCUGCCUGUGGCGAUACCUUGUGUCUGCAGGCUCAAGCAACACAAAUGGCAACUCUUAAAAUUGCCUGGCAGUCUGCCUGUGGUUUACAGCUUUUCUUGGGCUCCACUGUGUCCCCUAUUGAACCAUUGGAAAAGUGUGGUGCCACCAAAGCUCCGUGAACAGUUUCGGUCCCUGAGAAGUAAAAGCCUCACUGGUCUCUCUGAACAGGUGAUGACUGUGGAUGCUGAAUGGUACGGGUUGCAGACUGGGGCAGGGAACGCACUUUGAUUCGCUCCUGGAUCCCUGUGCUUUGUCUCCUGGAACCCGCAUUUGUGUUUCUCUGACUUCUCGUUCAUUUCACUGCUUCACUUUCACAUGACGGCUUGUUCAGCAGUAGCAUUCGGGCCAGUUGUGUCCAUUUUUGCCUAUAAAUAUUUUCCCAUGAUGCACCUGGAUCCAGAGUGGUGUAAUACUUCCAGCAGAGCAACAGCCAAAACCACGAAUAAAACUGCACCUCUUACAUAUGACUGAGUUUAACUCCCUUUAUCUUUGAGAAUCUAACAAUCUAUGGAUGUUGACAUUCAAAUGCAGCAGAAUUCUCUUAAUUCUGAUGUUCAAGCAAUGUUUUGAAUAGAGUCUUGGAAUUUGGAAACAUUUGCUUUAUUAACUGAUAUAUUUACUAUGUCUCAGCAAUUAUCCCUUUAUUAAAUAUAUAUAUUUUUGAACGACAGUGCAGUGUUCACUAGGUUGUACCACAUUAGGAUGUCUGUACAUAUCCUUGGUAGGUAACAGACUGCAAGUACUAUGUUGGGCAGCCAAUAAAACGAGAUGCACAAACGCC